UUUCUAAAGCGUUCAAAGGACUAUGACAUUCAGGAGGCGUUGGUCAUAUGCAAACAGGAAAACUUUUAUCCAGAAAUAGUCUACCUGCUCGGUUGUAUGGGUGGUGUAGAAGCGGCCGAAGCACUAAAUGUCAUUCUUCACCGCAUCAGAGACAUAGAAAUGGCCAUCGAGUUUUGCAAGGAGCACGAUGACAACGAUCUUUGGAAUGCACUUAUUAAUGAAUUUAGCAAUCAUCCUGAAAUCGUGACGAAAGUUUUGGACGGCAUAGUUGACUACUUUAGCCCAGCGGUGAUUGUUGGAAAGAUAAAAAUGGGACAGAACAUUCCAAACCUACGACAAUCACUUAUUAAAAUGCUGUGGCACUACAAUCUUCAAGGUGAAAUUUUAUCCUCUGCCCAACAAAUUCAACUUAAUGACUAUUUUGAAAUUCACUCGGAGAUAGUCACCACGCAAAGACGAGGUCAGCAGGUUUCCAACGAACAAAUGUGCUCAUUGUGCCACCGUCCAGUACUGAUGGUAGGCACACACUUUAAUUGUAUAACCAGCUUUGAAUGUGGUCAUGUAUAUCAUAAACCGUGCAUACAAGGUAAAUUGCAGAAAAAUUGCAAAGAGUGUAACCUUUGGAACUUAACCGUGGAGAAAUAGGUUCAUAUCGACAUCAUAACUAUUAUCCCGGCGUCCUGUUAGGGGAAUUAAGGAUAAUUAAACUUUAUAGUUUAAUUUCCUACGCCCAUUGUUUUCAAACGUAUAUUUCCCAAAUGAGUUAAACAAUUUCUUUCAAAUUUCAUAUCCUCGUAACUAUUAAAUUCCAUAACUAUUGAUGUUCAACACUUUUUCACUAAUAAGCUUAGUUUCAGCUAUUUUAUUUUGUGAACUGUUUCAUUUUAAUAUUGCGAAUAGGAGAAGUAAAUAUUAUAGUAAAGCAAGCGAGCGAGGGAGGUGUGCUAAACAAAAGAACAAAAAA